CAGUAUUGUGGGGCGACAGCAAGCAAAGUCCCGGACACAAACUGCGGGACACGCCUAGAUAACCUUUCUAUGGAGUCUCAGGUCUCAAUGUGAGCGCCCACCCCAGUCAGCACGGGCAGCGGCCUGGCUUCAAUGGGAUCUGGAGCGCUAUCCGCUGGGCCCGCGGCCCCCCCUACACCGCACAAGAAAAUGAAAAAGCGAAAGGAACUGAACGCGCUUAUUGGACUGGCCGCUGACGGCGCUAGGAUGAAGGCCAAGAAGUGCAGCGGCCACCGACUACUACGAACGGAGCCGCCGGCCUCAGACUCGGACACUGAUGAAGAAGAAGACGAAUUUGGCUCACUGGGAGAUCGGCAUGGGCGCUUCGGAAGAGGAAGCCUUCUGCAGUGCUGUAAGAUAUGCUACCCUCUGUGUGGUUUUAUUGUGUUAGUUGCAUGUGUCGUGACUUGUAUUGGCUUGGUCUGGAUGCAGGUUGUCCUUAAGGAAAACAUGGAUGCUCUUAAGGAAAAGUUCAGAGCAAUGGAAUCCAAUCAGAAGAGCUCUCUAGAUGAGCUUCCAAAGAUAAAUGAAGAUUUGCUUUCAAAGCAAAAAUAUCUGGAUGAUAUCAUGACUGGUGAAAUGGGGCUAAAUAAGCUCUGGUCUAAUAUUACUGACAUGAAUAAGCAGAUUGCUCUGCUGACCUCUGCUGUGAACCAUUUGAAAGCAACUAUAAAAUCAGCAUCUGAGCUUAUUAAUCUUCCUAACACAAUGGCAGAACUGCAGAAGAGUGUUGCCACCUUGGGUAGCACAUUAACCAGUGUUCACAAUGAUGUAGAAACCAUGCAGGCAGCCACAGAAGAGCAAAAGAAGAAAGUGGAAAUAUUGCAAAAAGAUGUGGAUGCCCAAUUUCUCCAGAACUCUGUUGAUGACAUGAAUACCACUUUGCAACAGUAUCAAAGACAGAAUGAUUUUAAAUUGUACAAUGUGGACACCAUCCUCACUAAUUUAACCCAACGAAUUGCCCUCUUUGAGCAUGAACUGCAUCUCUCAAACAAGAGUGAGAAUGUAUCCCAGAGUUCAGUAGAUAGUACAACAUCCCCAUCAACCGUGUCAGAUCCUGCAAACAAAACAACUCAGACAGAAUCCUCCCAGAGCCUCGGCAGUGGACAACCAUCUGCACUUCGGCAGAAACUCCAGUUUAUUCAUGCCCUGACUAACCAGCCAGAAAGUGGCAAGCAAGUUUUGAAGGAUCCAUCAGGUGGCGAGGUUGCAGCAUCACAAACUAAUCUAACAAGAAUGGCACCAAGAUCUGUCGGUGGGUCUGGGCAGGAAUUACCAGGAAUUUCCACAGAAAAGGAUCUUGAAGAUCUCUUCAGCAGGUCUGUGAAGGAUGCCAAAGCAAAGCUGUCUUACCAGGAACUACAAAACCUGCUUGGUCCAGGUUUGCCAGCUCCUGGGUAUCUCCAGCAGUUUGAUGUAGAUGGGGAUGAUCAGUAUUCCAUUGCAGAACUGAAAGCACUUUUGAGUGCCCAGCAAUGACAGCUCAGCAGCAAAUAAUACACACAGGCAGAAUAAACUGCAUUUCUUUUCAUCUUCUUCCAAGCUGUCUCUUAUAAAGACUGCAGGAGUUCCAGCGUGAAGUCACAUUGCUUGUUUCAUGUUUAUUUUAAGACUAUUUUAUAACCAGUUGUAAAGACAUUCUGGAGGCAGACAUCCUUGUGCUUUUAGAAUAUACAUAUACAGUUCCUACUCCCAAUGCCCUUCCCAUUUUAAAUUCAGAUUCCUUAUUUUAUAGUCAUAAAAUCUUGCCUUAAAUUAGGAAACUGCACUUUACAGAGCAUAGAAGUAUUCCUUGAUGGGAGGACCUCGUCCAUAAAGAAUUCUAUGCACACAGAGCUUAGAGCUGGGAAGAGCAGAAGCUGCAUAUGUAGGUUUCAGUAUGUGUGCCUUGGAAGUACAAUGAUGUGUGAAUGUGCAUACAGCUUUACUCUACCCUUCAAUUUAUUCCUGGGCAUAAACUUUUAGGUCUUCAAGCAUGCUUUCUUAUCAGCAAUCACGUGGGCAUACCCCACACUGAAGUAUGAAUGUACAGCACUGAACAUAUUGCUCCAUAAUCUGUAUGAUUUGCUCAGGUUGCAGGGAGUCUGAACACAAUAUGACCCUCAUGCCGGACAAAUAACGUCAAUGACUAAUGCAUUGUUCAAUAUGCCUUUUUAUUGGAUUAAUGGCUUGUUUUUCAUACAGAAUAACAGCAUCGACUCCACUCUCAAAAAGCAGGUAGCUAUAAUGAGCAGUGCGGCUGACUAGUCUCACGUUUCCCGUCAUAGACAAGAUAUAUGGCUUACCAGCUGUAACAGUGUAGCAGAUGUAGCUCCGUAACUAAGCUAUAUACAAUGUGAUCACAGCUACUGUUGUGUUUCAUAAACUUUUGAGUUGAAAGUAAAAGAUUCUGCAAUACAGGUUGUGCUCACAGAAAAAGUUUCUUCAUAAUUUCCAAGAUCAUUUUCAAAUGCAAUGUCAAAUAUGAAAUUAUACCAGUCCGAUAUGUAAAUGUCUUUAAUAAAUUAUUUGUAUAGUUGGAAUUAUUGCUCAGCUUUCUGUGCUUCCAGUAGCAUUACAAACUUAUGUCGGUAUAUAGUUAUGGCACAAGAGCAUUGGAAAACCUGUAAAAUAACAUUAUAAAUAGUGACAGAUCAACACUAAGGGGCCUAUUUACUAAAUCAAACUUUGUUUUUUUUUUUCAAGAAUCUCAGAAAAUUUCCUAUAUUUCUAAAAAGAAAAACCUCAAAAAUUUGAUUUGUGUAUAAACCACAAAAACUUCCUAAGGCAAAACUUUGCCAAGUAAACGUUUUUGGUGCUAUAGAAUUCAAGGGGAGCUGCGCUAAUCCUACUGGAACGCUAUAAAUUGAUUCGACUUUGAGGUUUUCAGAUUUUUUCUCUGCUAGAAUUUGUCUGAAAUACUCAAGGUUUUUCAAGCUAUUACUAUUUUUACCACAUCGUUCAGUGCUUUUUUUUUUUUUUUUUAAUUGGAACUUUAAAUAAAUGCAGUGACAAUCA